AGUGAUAGAGUCCAAAAUCAAGUAAUCAACUCGUUACUCUGGCUGGCGCACAAACGCAUCAACUGAUCAACAGCAACGCCGGCGGCCGUCACACUGCCUCUCCCGGAUAUACAGAGCCGACUCCUAGAGCUUACAACGAACCAGCAGCAAGAUCAAAUCGGAGCCAAUCCAGAAGCUCUUGAAGAUGGCCGGCACCGGCGGCGGGGAGCUCAAGUACGAGAUGGCACAGAACGCCUACAUCAAGCUCGUCCUCCACGCCCUCAAGCACAAGACCUCCGCCGUCAACGGCGUCUUGCUCGGCCGCACUUCUCCUAAGAACGAAAGCCUCGUCCAGAUCGAAGAUUCCGUCCCGCUAUUCCACAAUCACCUUGGUCUCCUCCCUCCCCUCGAGAUCUCCCUCAUCAUGAUAGAGGAGUACUAUAGUGCUCGAGGUCUUGGAGUUGUGGGGUACUUCCACGCGAAUGAGAGGUUUGAUGACACAGAGCUUGGUAAUAUAUCGAAGAACAUUGCUGAUCACAUCUCUCGCUAUUUCCCACAGGCUGCUGUUCUAUUGCUAGAUAACAAGAAGCUUGAAGCUUUACCAAAAGGGAAAGACCGCAGCCCUGUUGUGCAGCUUUACACAAAGGAUGCAUACAAGAACUGGAAGCUGGUUGCGGAAGAUGGGGGCAUUCGCUUGACAUUUAAGGAACCAGCUGCAAAUACCAUCUUACUGGACUACAUUUCUUCCGAGAAGUGGCAAGAGGUGGUUGAUUUUGAUGAUCAUCUCGAUGACAUUACCAAGGACUGGUUGAACCCAGAUCUGUUCAAGUAAAAGCACCUUGUUUGGAUGUGCAUCUUGGCUAUGCUCCAUUUUCACUUGAUGGCAAGGUUGGCUGAUCUUGAUGUACUAUGUCGGCAUCAUAUCACGACUCACAGAGGCAACAAGUUCUUUUGCGCGUUCGCCGUGGGAAAUUUUUGUAGCUUGUAUUCAUGGAAAAGAAACAUCCUUUCCAUGCUUAACUUUACCAGACAAGUUCCUGGGUACCUUUGUUUUCUGAACUAUAGCUUCACUGCAUCAAUCUGGUUUGUUAAAAGUUGCACCGAAAGUUACCCAAGUAGCAUCAUCCAUGCUUAAAUCUUAAUGUAACUGACAAUGAGAUCCCAAACUUUUUUGUUCCAAGUGCUGCAGCAGUUCUAUGGAAUAUUGUUUUGUUUUAAUCAACA